GGCAGAUGGCACAGACACGACAAUUCAAGAAGAUCAACAAUUUUGCAUGUGAUGUGAUAUUAGUAGUUUAAAUGGGCCAGAGGCAUUGACGGAGGAGAUUGUUGGGCUUAUAUGGAGAGAGUUGCAGGCCCGUGGAGUGCGUGUGUGUAGGUGGUGUUUGAUGCAGAUUCAGAUCUACGAUAUGAGAUUGAUAAAUGAAAAGUGAUAAGUGAUGAGAAAAAGAACAUGGAGAUUUGAGAUCAGAUCCAUUGAGUAGAGUUUGUUCCGAUGGCGGCGACCAUAGCUCUCCUGGCCCUGGUCCUGGUGCUCAUCGUGUCCCCCUCGGCGGCGGAGAUAAAGUCCCUGAGCAUAAAGUCGGACAAGCGGGCCAUGAUCCUGUUGGAGAAAUUCGGGUUCACGCACAAGGGGCACGUGUCGAUCGCCGUGUCGUGGGUGUCGGUGGGAGUGCUGUCCUCCGGCGUGCAGGCGGAGUCCUCGCGGCUGGGGUUCUUCCUCCUGAACGAGGAAUCGCUCCUCCAAGUCCUGAUGGAGAUCCAGCAGAACCCCUCCUUCUGCGUUCUGGACUCCCACUACAUCUUCCUCCUCUUCACCUUCCGCGAACUCUCCCCUCCCCCAUUGGCCUCCUUCAACCGCUCCUACCCGGUCACCUCCCCCAACGAAUACAGCCUCUUCUUCGCCAACUGCGCACCGGAAACGUCGGUCUCCAUGGUCGUCCACACCGAGGCCUACAAUCUCCACGCCGACAACUCCCGCGACUUCCUCUCCGCCGGCCAGACCCACCUCCCCUCUCUCUUCUCCCUCUUCUCCGUCGCCUACCUCGCCUUCUUCGCCUUCUGGCUCUACAUUUGCUACACCAACAACCGCUCCGUCCACCGCAUCCACUUCCUCAUGGCUCUCCUCCUCCUCAUGAAGGCCCUCAACCUUAUCUGCGCCGCCGAGGAUAAGCACUACGUCAAAGUCACCGGCCUCCCCCACGGCUGGGACGUUCUCUUCUACAUCUUUCAGUUCAUCCGCGUCGUUUUGCUCUUCACCGUCAUCGUUUUGAUCGGGACUGGAUGGUCUUUUCUCAAACCCUUCCUCCAAGACCGGGAGAAGAAGGUCUUGAUGAUCGUCAUUCCCCUUCAGGUUCUCGCCAACUUGGCCUCCGUCGUCAUCGGCGAGACCGGCCCUUUCAUCAAAGAUUGGGUUACUUGGAAUCAGGUUUUCUUGCUUGUCGAUAUCAUCUGUUGUUGUGCCAUCAUUUUCCCCAUUGUCUGGUCCAUUAGGUCCUUGAGAGAGACCUCCAAAACCGACGGCAAAGCUUCUAGGAACCUCGCAAAAUUGACGCUUUUCCGCCAGUUUUAUAUCGUUGUUAUUGGGUAUCUCUAUUUCACCAGGAUCGUGGUCUUUGCGUUGAGGACCAUUGCUGCUUAUAAGUACCAGUGGGUGAGUAAUGCUGCCGAGGAGACUGCCAGUCUUGCUUUUUAUGUUGUCAUGUUCUAUAUGUUUAGACCUGUGGAGAAGAAUGAGUACUUUGUGCUUGACGAGGAGGAGGAGGAGGCUGCGGAAAUCGCUCUCAAGGAUGAGGAGUUUGAGCUUUGAACAUUUUUCUCCACAACCCUUUAAACCUUCACUGUCCACAAGGGAAUACUAUACUGCCUCUAUGUUUAGCUGCUUCUUUUUUUGGAACAAUUCUGCGGGAUAGCAAAAGGUUUUCUGCUUUUCUUUUCCUCGUUUCGAGAUGUAUGUCACUUGAGAAGUUGUACUACUGAGAUGAGAUGAGAUGAGAUUUGAUGUUCUUUUCUUGAUCAUGCUGCGCACAGGUGCUGUACAUUUCUCAAUUCAUUCAUUACUUUCUUUCUUUACCUAAACAUUCCAUAGCUGUAUAAUGUUGUUGCAUUCCUUCACGUUUAGCAUCUGUGUGCAAUUAUAUAUAUCAUGUUAUGUUAAUACUCAAUUCAAUGUGCAUGUGCUGCACUUUCUUUCUAAAGAAAUCAAGGAGUUGCUGUCGUAAUUCGUUCGCACUGUUUUUUUUUUUUUUUCCAUGUAGUUUUGAUGUACAAGGUCGUGAAUCUUGAUCUUUUCAAAUAAUGUAAUCUGGCUGCUUCUUUA